CCUAAUCUCUAUUCUUUUAUUGAUUCUCAUUUGCCAUACUCGUAGAAGAGGAAAGAAAAUGGUUUUAUAAAUUAAUUUUGUUUUCUUUAAUAUUUCAACCAAAAAAAAUCCAGUCUCUCCCUUCACUCAAUGGCAUUGACACCACCUCCCCCACCACCACCACCACCACGACCCUCACCCUUUUGAAGCAUCUUAGAGAGGGUUUUGUGCUUGUCCUGUUCUUGUUCUGUUCUUGUUCUAGAAAGAUAAGCUGUUCUUUUUUUGAGUGGCUUCUUUUUGUUGUUAAUGUUAUCUUCUUGAGUGAAGCUGGCUUAGUUUCAUGGUAAGAAAAAGGGGCUGUUGUCAGAUUUGAAAACUGUUGUUUGUUAUGCUAAAAUUCAAGCAGGAUUUCAUCUAGCUCUCUGUUCUUGCUCUGUUCUCCCUGUUUCAGUAGAAUUCACAUGGAUUUGCUUGUUUCUGUCUCUUGUUACUUCUGUUCAGCUUCUUUAUUCGUGAGUCUUUGUCUUUGAUCUGAUUUGGAAGAAAAUAAACAAGCCUUUCAGAAAGCAACUGAGCUGCCUUUCUCCUUAGAAACUUAAUCAAGAAACAGGGGAUUCAAUGGAGUCAGAUCUUCAACACCAACAUCAUUUUCUUCAUGGUCAUAACCAGCACCAACAAAUUCAUCAGAAACAAAUGAAUUCUGGGUUGACAAGAUAUCAGUCUGCACCAAGUUCAUAUUUUUCAAGUAAUUUAGACAGAGACUUCUGUGAAGAGUUUCUCAAUAGGCCAACAAGCCCAGAAACAGAACGAAUUUUCGCGAGAUUUUUAGCCAAUUCCGGUGGCAAUACAGAGAAUAUACCAGGUUCAAAUCUUUGUGAGAUUAAGCAAGAUUCUCCAGUAAAAGAAUCAGUCUCACAAAUUAACCAGCAACCCCAGAUGAUGGCUUCAAUGAAUAAUCAUAGUAGUGAUACGAGGCUGCAUCAACAUCAGCAUCAGCAUCAGCAGCACCAACAGGGCAAUUACUCUGCCUCGCAGGGUUUUUAUCAAAGUCGAUCAAAACCUCCAUUACCAGAUCAUAAUCCAGGUUCUGGUAUGAAUCAUAGAUCAACGAAUUUAACAGGGUUGGAGAGGUUGCCUUCCAUGAAGCCUGUCAGUGGAAACAAUCCGAAUCUAGUUCGACACAGUAGCUCACCAGCAGGGCUUUUCUCCAACGUAAAUAUUGAAUUUGAAAAUGGCUAUGCUGUAUUGAGAGAUAUGGGAGAUCUUGGAGCUGGUAAUAGAGACACAACUUAUUCUGCAGCUGGUAGACCACCUUCAUCUUCACUGGUAAGGAGUACAAUCGCUGAUAUGGGAAACAAAAACAUGGGAGAAAAUAGCCCAGACAGUGGUGGUUUUGGUGAAACUCCUGGCAAUAAUUAUGAUUACCCUAUUGGAUCAUGGGAUGAUUCGGCUGUGAUGUCUACUGGUUCAAAAAGACACCUUACAGAUGAUGACAGAACACUUUCUGGUCUAAAUUCAUCGGGAACUCAGCAGAAUGAAGAGGCAGGAAAUCGCCCUCCAAUGUUGGCUCAUCACUUGAGCUUGCCAAAAACAUCAGCAGAGAUGUCUACCAUUGAAAACUUUUUGCAAUUUCAAGAUUCUGUUCCUUGUAAGAUCAGAGCCAAGCGUGGUUGUGCCACCCAUCCAAGAAGCAUUGCUGAAAGAGUGAGAAGAACUAGAAUUAGUGAACGAAUGAGGAAACUCCAGGACCUUGUCCCAAACAUGGACAAGCAAACAAACACAUCAGACAUGCUGGAUUUGGCUGUUGACUACAUUAAAGACCUUCAAAGACAGUUCAAGGCACUUUCAGAGAAUCGUGCAAGAUGUACAUGCUUAAAGAAGCAGCAGCCCAAGCUGAAAAACCCAAAGUAAGAAUUGGUUUGUAUGUAUAGAACUAAUAAGAAUUUGCAAGACGAGAGAUAAAGGCGAUGCUAGGUUCUCUUCUGCACUGAAAAAGAUGAAGAUACAGCUUAGCCAUAGGCUAUUUAUUAUGUGGGGGUGGGAGAGUGAAGCUCAAGAGUGCAUUUAAAGCUAACUGCAAGAUUCAUCCAACCUAAACACUAUAAUGGUUAUAGAUGAAGUGAUAGAAAACCAGCUGGCAUGCAUGUUGUAACAUAUAGUUCUAGUCUUUGUAACUUAACGAAAUCAAGGGAAAUUUAUGUGCUAAAAGAAAGAGAUAGUUGUGGUGUUGCUGCUGCUUUUUAUAAAUUCCCCUCGUUUCUUGUCUUGCUAA